GUGAGGUGCAUGUUUGUAGCGACAAUAAAAGACGUAGGUUUGUCGUGUGCCAUCCAACAAUGGCAUCGGAAGAAGGCUCUUGGGUCUUCGAUUCUUUGGUGGGGUUUCUUCAAGGGCCAAUAUGGAAUGCUCCAAUACUAACGUUCAUCGAACAAAAAUCAUCGGUCUUCGAGCCGGGGCACUCUGAACAUGAAGACGAAUUCAGGAAAAUCCACGAGGAAUACAAAGACCUGGUGGAUUCAAUGCUGGGAAGUUACAUGGAGGAUAUAGGUAUGACACCAGAGCAAUUUGAAAAUGCGUGCAGUAAGAAUACUGCAGGAGGACUGCACAUACGAUUUCAUCAGACCCUGUUUGAGCAGGUGUGGGCAGCUAAUGACUACGAAAUCUUCAAAAGGAUGAUGAUCCAGAAGAACGUAGAGCUUCAGCUGCAGGCACUGGAGAUGAUCCAACAGCGCUAUGGCAUCACCCCACAGUCAUUCCUGCCAACUGAAAGAGAUGAAAGCCUUCAGACAGAGGAGGAAUCCCGAAUCAUGGAGGAGGUUAUCAAGAAAUCUCUGGAAGAAUAUGAGACAAGCAAGAAGAUGCUGGACAGCUCCACUCUUGAGAUAGAGCAGAGCCUGGUGUCAUCACCCGAGGAGCGCCAUCGUCUGGAAGCAGAGUGCAAGAGGGAGAAGGAGCUUCUACACACUGCACUCCAGCACUCAAUUGAACCAUCAUCACAGAAAGAAGAACCAGAGCAAAAUAAAUAUGAAGAUAAUGAAAUUCAGAUCAAAACCCAGGUUGAUGACACGGAAGUGAUGAAACGACAGAAAUACCUGAAAGCACAACGGGACAAACUUUUAGCACUUAAAAAGCAAGAACGAGAAAAACAGCUGCAGGCUGUGGAAUCUGGCAGCAGCAAGCAACGUCCGAGAUCUGCAAAAGCAGCACAAUCAGCACUGGCUGGUCAGCCAGAAAACAAUGCACAGACCUUGCAGGUGCGAAAGGCUCUUGCAGAACGACUGAAGUCUGAAGUAGUUGGCAGGAAGUCCUAGAGUUUACAUGCUUCUGUUUCUGAUCAAGUAGCUUCUGUUCCAAAAAAAUAGGCAUUUUUGGUUUUGUAACUAAGAAUUGUAAUUUACCUUCAGAUGGUGCCAUAUUAAUAGAUUAAUUCUUAGUUUUACUUAAUGACACUUUCAGCAGCACAUAAAUUUGGGCAGGGGAGCAAAUGGUUGUAAAAUAAGAAAUCAUGUCACAGAAGGAAAUAGUCCUACCCUAUUUUACAGUAUUAUCCAAGCAUUUGCCUUGGCAGACAGGAAAACCACAAAUAUCUCGGGCCACCUGCUAGCCAGGACAAGAAACAAACCCAAACCACCCAAAAGGAAAAGGAGAGCGCUAAUCACUCUAAAAAGUCUUAUUUUCUUGAAAUAUUUUCACCCACUCCAAGCACUCACCGCAGAGUUUAUUUUUACUGUGUUCCAUAAUAUGAGUAAAUAUAUUCUACUGAUAAAUUUGACUUGGUUCAUCCUGGUCCAUCACACUAGUAAUAGUAUAAAAGAUUAUUAACAUCAUCCAGUGUGAUU